AUUUUGUCGAACUUGAAGUUUCUAGAAUAACUGAGUUACCUAGUUUUGAACAAAAUUUCAAAUAAAGUGAAUAUCCUCAAAUAGAAAACCAUUGAGAUCCAGCAAAUUCGAAAAAAGGACAUUUGAAAUUAAAGUAAACAUAAAUUCCCUGACAUCUGAGCAGAAUGGUGGACUAUAGUAGAUGGAAAAAUAUUGAGAUUUCAGACGAUGAAGAUGAAACUCAUCCAAAUAUUGAUACACCGUCGUUGUUCCGAUGGAGACAUCAAGCAAGGGUCGAAAGAAUGGCUGAGAGGCAGAAAGAAAUUGAAGAAUUCGAAAGAAAGAAGAAGGAAAAUGCUGAAAAGUUAAAUAGUACAAAAGCUGAUUUAAAAAAGGCUGAAGAAACAAAUGCCGAAACUGUUGAAAAAUUGCGCAAAAAAAUGAAAGAAUUGGAAGUAGAAGCUGAUCAAAUUAAAAAAAAAGAGGAGGAAAUAAAAAAGCUAGAAAAGAACACUCCAUGGAAUGUAGAUACCAUAAGCAAACCAGGUUUUGCCAAGACUGUCAUCAAUAAAAGACCAGAAAGGCCUAACGAAGAAAAUCUUACUGAUGAGGAACGUGAAGCUAGAAUGAGAAAAUUCAUUAAGGAAAAUGAGAAGGACCUGAAACACUUUGGAAUGUUGAGAAAAUAUGAUGAUUCCAGAAUAUUUUUGAAGGCACACAAUCAUCUUGUAUGUGAAAAUACUGCAAAUUAUUUGGUUAUAUGGUGUAUCAACUUGGAGAUGGAAGAGAAACAUGAACUAAUGAAUCAUGUGGCCCAUCAAACCAUUUGCAUGCAGUAUAUAUUGGAACUUGCCAAGCAACUUGAUACAGAUCCAAGGGCUUGCGUUGAUGCAUUCUUCACCAAAAUCCAAGUAGCUGAAAAGGAAUAUAAGGCUUCUUUCGAUGAUGAAUUGAGGCAGUUUAAAGAAAGGAUCCAGAAGAGAGCUGCUGAAAAACUUGAACAGGCUAUCAAGGAAGCUGAAGAAGAAGAGCGUCAAAAACGCCUUGGACCGGGUGGUUUAGACCCAGUGGAAGUUUUCGAUAGUCUUCCCGAUGACCUGAAAAAAUGUUUCGAAACCCAAGAUAUUGCCAUGCUUCAUGAAGUAAUCGCUAAUAUGGAUGAAGAGGAAUCUAGGUACCACAUGAAACGUUGUGUCGAUUCUGGUCUUUGGGUCCCAGAUGCCAAUAAGAAGAAAGAUGUAGAGGAGAAAGCACCCGAGACUGAUACUCCAGCUGAAAAUGCCGAUGUCGAUUGAACUUAAUAUUUGCGCAGUUAUUCUCCUAAACCAAUAGGCGAGAGAAAAACUGAACAAAUAUGUGUAUAUAUCUUAUAAUAUCAAUAUUUUUUCAGUUUGAUUUUCUUUUAAUUUCUUUUUUUUAUUGUGAUUAUUUUAUGUAUUCAGAAAUACUCUGUCAAUAAAUUAUUAUUCAACA